AGGCGGUCCCAGCACCCUCUUCGUGGGCCGCCUGCGAGGAUGGUCCACGUCCUCUGGGGCGUGGCGUGCCUCUCGGUGCCAGGCCCGGCGACGACCAGCGACGUCGUGAGGCAGGUCCGCGACGCCUUCGCCCUGGGCGGCCCGGCCCUCGAGAAGGGCACGCCGCCCCGCGGGGAGCGCCCCGACAGCGCCGACAGCGACGACAGCUGCAGCGACGGCUCGGAGCACGGCCUGCGCCGGGCGCCCCGCGUGGACCUGUACCGGCUGGUGCCGCUGGCCGCCGACGGGGACGACGCCCUGGCGCCGGGGGAGGACGAGCGCGUGGUGGCGGUCCUGCCGGACUCCAGCUUCAGCUGCGCAGAGCUGGAGGAGGCCUACAGCCGCAGGGACGAGGGCGAGGCCCGCUACGCACGGGCGCGGGAGGCCCUCGCGCAGGCGCUGGAGGCGACGGGCGGCGGCUCCCGCGACGAGGCGCUGGAGGCGCUGCAGCAGGAGAACCGGCUCCUGCGGCACCAGCUCGAUAAGGGGGAGGCGGUCCGGAGGGAGCUGCACGAGGAUAUGGAGGCGCUGCGCGCCGAGUUCGUCGCGCUCGUGCGCGAGGUCACGCCGCUGCUCCCCGCUGGCGGCAGCAGCCUCGGCAGCGCACCGAGCCCCUGCGCCCCCGACCGGGCGACGGGACCGACGCAUACAUCCGCUGCUCCCGGCCGGGCUCAGGUCGUCGCCGCCCCGCCCGAGGCCGCCGACGCGCCCCUGCCCGAUGGGCAGCCGCCCGCCCUCGCCCUGGAGGGCGCCGUGGGCGGCUGCGCCGCGGCCGCCCACGGCCGCAGCGCUGCCCGCCUGCGGCCGCUCGCGCCGCC